GAAGCUUGAAACUCCAGGAUUGUUUUUGCAUAUAUAUUCUUUAUUUCUUUCCAUCCAUCCUUUCCCUCUCUUUCUCCCUCUCACAGAUCAUCUACGUCAUCGCCGACUCGUUCUGCAGCUCUCUUGUCGCCAUUCACGCUCCACCGCGCACACGUGGCGGUGGUCCUUCCGCGACGUCUUGUAUAAUACGGAAAAGGCAAACACCCCUCCCAUCCCACCAGAGACAUCUCUUGGUCUGCGUCUAUCGAUUGGCAAUUCUUUCUUCCUCUCUCAGUUGAUAUUUGUUUGCUGUGGGUGCUCCGUUGUUUUUCUUCAACUCUUCUGCUACGGUGGGCCCUCAACACGCUUGCCUGCCUUUUUUCCUCCUCAAUUGUCGUCCUUUUUUGGUUCUUGGAUUCGCCCCUGGAAGUCGUCGUGACUUGUUCUUUGAAUGCGAUUGAGGUGCAUAGAUCCGCCGCGCUGGGAUCAGGUUUCCUCCGUCACCGGCCCUCAAGAGCGAGGAGGCGAAGGAGCGAAAGGAGCGGAAGGAGCGGCAGAAAACGUGCACACGUGCAGGGUCAAAGGAAGGGGAGAUCCUAGGUGAAAAGAGGGGAGACAGAAGAAAACCGUGUUCUUAACUUACUGGUAUUAGAAUCUCUUCCUGGUGAAUGACUGAAGAGGAGGAUAUUGCCGACUUCACCCUCGACGACGAGAACGUGGUGGACACGGACAACGGACUGGCGAAGCAGGACCUCAGCAAGAUCAACCUCGAUGACCUCAGCGUCGACACCUUCGAGGUGAUGUCGCGCCAGGCAACCAUCAACGUCGGCACCAUCGGCCACGUGGCACACGGCAAGUCCACCGUGGUCAAGGCGCUCAGCGGCGUCAAGACGCAGAAGUUCCACCGCGAGGCUGUCAUGAACAUCACCAUCCAUCUCGGCUACGCCAACGCCAAGGUGUACCAGUGCGAGGCGUGCCCGCGGCCCACCUGCUACCAGACCUACCCGUCCUCGCAGCCCGACAGCACGCCGUGCCCCAACUGCGGCGCCACCAUGACGCUGAAGCGCCACUUCUCCUUCGUGGACUGCCCCGGCCACGACGUGCUGAUGGCGACGAUGCUGAACGGUGCGGCCAUCAUGGACGCGGCGCUGCUGCUCAUCGCGGCGAACGAGUCGUUCCCGCAGCCGCAAACGCUGGAGCACCUCGCCGCAGCGGAGAUGAUCGGUGUGCCCUCGCUCAUUGUCCUGCAGAACAAGAUCGACCUCGUCACCCAGGCCCACGCCGCCGCGCAGUACAACAUUAUCCACCAUUACUUAACGACCAAGACGGCCUACGUCGGUGCGCCGGUGAUCCCUAUCUGUGCGCAGCAGCACCUGAACCUAGCGUACCUUCUCGACUACCUCGUGCACAUCCCGCUGCCGCGUCGCAUGCUGCGGCGCACGCCCUACUUGAACGUCCUUCGCUCCUUCGACGUGUCGCUGCCCGGGCCGACUGGCCGCGGCGCCGGUGCCUUGAAGGGCGGCGUGGUAGGCGGCACCGUCGCGGCCGGCGUGCUGUGCGCGGGGGACGAGAUCGAGAUUAUCCCUGGCUUGUUGACGCUGCGGCGCCGCGACGGGGUUCUGCCGAGGAGAGCCGACGUCCUCUCCGGCCAGGAUGUCUCCUACGUCACCUCGCCCCCGCCGGGCGAAAUCUAUUCCGUGCCCCUCCGCACCACAGUGGUGCGUCUGCAGACCGAGCAGAAUGCGCUGGCCUUUGCCGUGCCCGGUGGUCUCAUUGCCAUUGGCACCACCUUAGAUCCCUCGCUGACGCGGCAGAAUAAACUGCGCGGGCAGGUCGUGCGACUCGUCCGGCGAGGGCCGGUGUGGACGGCCGCGAAUGGGCCCACGACGGGGGACAAGACGAGCUCGUGCGGACGUGAUGGUGAUGGAGGCGGCAGCGGUCGCAGCACCGACAACGACGAUGAAACGGCACAGGGCGGAGGUAAUGUGGACGAGAGGGGUGCAAGAGCGGGGGCGGUGACCGCGGCGUCGCCUCUGCCGUGUCCGUCGCCCACGCCGGAUGCGGCGCGGUCCAGCGGUCUCACCGCGACCACAGCUCGCAACAUUAACGGCGACGACGCCGCCGGCGUCAGCUUCGUCGGUGUGCAGGUCUACCAAGAGGUGGAGAUACACUUUUUCCUUCUCCGCGAGGUCAUCGGCCUUCCGCCUGCCCGCGUGAGUUUCGACAAUGCGAACAGCAGCAGCAGCAACGGGUGGUCCUACCGGGUACACCCGAAUCACACCGCGUCGUCGUCGCGGCGGCGGGUGGCACCCCUGCACGAGGGCGAGAGCAUCGUCUUGAACGUCGGUACGCUGACGACGGCCGCCACGGUCCUGCGCACGUCGCGGCACGCCGGCCGGGCUAUUUGCAGGCUGGAAAGCCCCUUGUCGGCCGACCCACCGCAGCAGCGAAUUGUGCUGGCGCGCUACGUCGACCGAAAGGUUCGCGUGAUUGGCUGGGGGACGAUACGCCGGGGAGUACCGGUGCGACUGCUACCCGAGUAA